AUGACUCCGCUCUCCUAUCUAGCACAACAACCUGUGCUCCAGUAUUUGGAGCCAAAUUUGAGAAUUCUCCUUUCUCACCGAUGCCCUUUGAUUCCCGAAAAACUCGUUCCGAUCUUCAUCGAAAACCUGCAAAUCGAGCACAACAGCAUAAUAAUCAAUAAGACUAUGUAUGACUUCACUAUUCACAAGGAUAUUACACCUAUUGGAAGGCCCGACCACUAUGACCUAGACGAGUUUGGUGCGGUGGAUCUGGACUCUGUAGUGGAGCCGCACAACGAUGAAAUUCUGAUUGAUACACGAAAUGUGUUUUCUGAGCAAGUGAGAAUUAGCGGAGAGAUGCGGGAUAUUACAUUAGAAUCUCGGCGAAUCGCAAAGAUUCAAGAUGACGAUCAGCGAGCUCUUCAACAGAAAAACCUUGAUCAAAGGGUUCUGAUGCACGGAGUCAAUGCUCUUCGGCUAAUUGCUCGGGAGUGUCAAACAGAACUCACUGGCUUUCCAGUCCCGGCAGUUUAUUCCAUGAAGUUUGGAAUUAAUAAACUUGAACCUAGACGACACGUGAUUCAUGGAGAGCUUCUGACUUACAAAAGAAAAAUACAUGAUGCUAUGAAACACCUGAUUGUGAAGCUAUUUUGUGGAAGAUCGAGCUUCAAGGUAAAAAAUCUGAAAAUUGAUUCCAGGGGUAUUCUUCGAAUCCCCAAAUCUUUGAACCUCAAAGUUCAGCAUCUACUGAUACCAAGUGAAGAAUUGGAUAAGAUCCUUGAAGCCAUCCGCCCUAAUUUAAGUUCCUUGGAAUCCUUGGAAUCAUUGACUAUAGAAAAGACCUAUGAAUUUCAAAAUCCGAUGGUUCAAGCUAUUCCCCUAAUUAUUCUUAAAUAUGGCUAUGGAUAUCAUACUCUUUUGAGAAUCAACACCGGAUACCCUAGAAUUCAUGUCACGCACUCUAUUAACAGAAUAUCAGAGACUAUUCGAAUAUGGUUGGAGGAGGGCCGGGAAAUUGGAACUUGCUGGACGUUUGAAUCUGAACGAAAAGCCGAAGGAAAAGUUUUCAUGGCGGAUUUGAAGAAAGAUACUCGAGGCACGACUUUGGAGGGGCCACCAGGAUCCUUCCCUACUAUCAUUUUUCGAAUGAGUGACUCUACGGAGCUCCGCGUAACUUACGAGUUCAGCAAAAUAAUCAAUACCGUCUGGAAUAUUGCCCUUACAAUUCAUGCGAGCAGUCAAUGAAGCCAGAAAACUUGUUCAGUAUAUUUUUUUGAAAACUCGUUUAAAUAAAUAAUUCCAUACAA